AUGCCCUCGCCCUAUGCAUCCUCCCAUAACUCAGGUUCCUCAUUCUUAAGAUCCCAUUAUUCAUCUCAACUAGCUGGAAGUGUUUCGGCAAGCAAUUACAGGUACUCACCAGAUGGUGGUGGCAUAGGCGCCUCAAAGUCAUGGUUCUCAUAUCAAGACCUACUUGGGGCAACAAACGGGUUUUCAGAAGAUAAUCUUCUUGGUGAAGGUGGGUUUGGCUGUGUUUAUAAGGGGGUCUUGGGGGAUGGGCGGGUAGUUGCUGUUAAGCAGUUGAAAGCUGGUAGUGGACAAGGAGAGCGUGAGUUUCAAGCAGAAGUCGAGAUUAUUAGCCGAAUACACCACAGGUAUUUGGUGUCUCUUGUGGGUUACUGUAUAUCUGAAAAUCAGAGGUUGCUCGUUUAUGAUUAUGUGCCGAAUAACACCCUGCAUCACCAUCUUCAUGCUGAAGGCAAGACUGUGAUGGAUUGGGCUAGUCGAGUUAAGGUUGCAGCUGGUGCAGCACGUGGACUUGCAUAUCUUCAUGAAGACUGUCAACCCCGAAUUAUUCACAGAGAUAUCAAGUCAACAAACAUUCUUCUGGAUGACAACUUUGAAGCACGGGUCGCAGAUUUUGGGCUUGCAAAGCUAGCGUUAGAAUUGGAUUUGCAUACACACGUAUCAACCCGCGUGAUGGGAACCUUUGGAUACUUGGCUCCGGAAUAUGCAUCGACUGGUAAACUGACUGAGAAGUCUGACGUGUUCUCGUUUGGUGUCGUGCUUUUGGAGCUAAUUACAGGCCGUAAGCCUGUCGACGCAUCUCAGCCAGUUGGCGAUGAAAGCCUGGUCGAGUGGGCUCGACCGUUGCUCACCCAAGCUCUCGACAAAGAAGAAUUCGGAGAUAUAGUCGACCCUAAGCUUGAGAACAACUUUGUCGCGAGUGAAAUGUUUCGCAUGAUCGAAGCUGCCGCGGCUUGCGUGCGCCACUUGGCAUCCAAAAGGCCGAAAAUGAGUCAGGUAGCAAGAGCUUUGGAUUCAAUGGAAGAACUUGCGGAUUUGAACAAUGGCGUGAAGCCGGGGCAAAGUGGGAUUUUCAGUUCAAGGGAGCAAUCUGCACAAAUCAGAAUGUUUCAGAAGAUGGCAUUCGGAAGUCAAGAUUAUAGUUCAGAGUAUUUGGAUCAUUCACAGAGCAGCUGGAGAAGUUGA